AUGGACUUGGAUCUCCUCCGCCAGUGCGUGCAGGGAACAGAAGAACUCAUCUACCAAUCCAAAACAGUGACCACUUCCACCGCGGAAACCUCAAAUGCGAACCCAAAUCAAACUGCAACAAACCCAACUCAAUCACAGCCACCUCAAUCAAACCCUACUCAAUCACACCCAAACCACCCACCCCAAUCACAGGUGGCUGACUGUACUUGUAACUCUGCCCACAAAAAAAACACAAAGCCGCGGCUUCCAGUUGAUGAAAAUACACCAGUAGCCGAAUUGCGGCGCCGCCAGCUCGAGGUCAUGAAAUCUAUGAGAUACGAUAAAUUAAUUGACGACACUAGUGUGGCUCGGUAUGGUCCUUUGGAUACAUCGCGAGUACUUUUUCGCGCAGCCACAAGCGGCCUGCUGCACCAAAGCGACAAGACCCUCGCGCGUGACACACCCGCACGUGACUGA